GACCAAAACGAGAAAGAUUCAACUAUGCGGUGAAUGUGGCCUAAUGGUUACUGGACUUUCUGCGCACAUUUUAACACACAGCCAGGAGAAACAGCUGGCAUGUCCACACUGUCCCGUUAAGAUGGCAGACAAGGGAAACCUUUCACGUCACAUCCAAGCAGUCCAUUUGAAAAAGGUCGUUAGAACUUGUGAACCGUGUGGUAGAGAGUUUCUGCACGUUAAUCUGUACAAGUAUCACAUGCUUUCGGUGCACAGAAUUGGCAAAACCUUCGACUGUGAUGUAUGUGUGAAGAAGUUUAAUACACUUGCUGGACUAAAAAUUCAUAAAAUCUCACUGCACACCAAUGAAAAACGUUUCGAGUGCGGCACGUGUGGUAUGAUGUUUAAAUUAAAACAUACCCUACGGACACACGAAAAGCGUGUACACUCGGCGGAGAAACCUUUCGCUUGCGGUCAGUGUCCGAAGCGUUUUAAAAGUCCGUAUGGUAAAAAAUCACACGAGCUUACACACAGUGGGCAAGUUUUUGCCUGUACGACGUGCGAUAAAUCGUAUCGGUACAAAUCGUUGCUGCAAAGGCACACAAAAAAGCAACACUCCAGCUUGGGAGAAGUAGGUAUGGAGCACUGAA